UUUUAUGACGGACAUUUUGCAAACUUUUGUGACAUUUUGUGAACUUGAUCAUUACGAAGCCUAGUCUGAUUUUGUGUCCAAAACCUGCCUCCCUAUAGAAGACAAUAUUGCUCCUAGAAUUGCACCCCUUCUGUCCCUGUUCUCCUGCCCUUCCUUUCACUUCACCAACCCCCCACCCUGAAUUGUUCCCGUCCCACCAACACCCACGUGAACGCCCCCCACCCCCCUCCUGAGCCACUCUUAUCCCACCCAUAAAUAAUCUUUGAUUAUUUAUCUGGCUUCUGUUUCUGCUCUACCUAAAUCAGACAAACAAAAAAAAAACAUUUACAAUUUGCUAUCAGAGUGCUAACCAAUAAUUACAUUGCACCAAUAAUGUAUAUCUAAAGCCUCCUGUCAGACAUUUUGAAGUGUACGUUUUAUGCCUUGUGCGUAACUACGGCUUUUCCUAUCUGCUGCAGGGAGUCUUCAUGUACUUAACAAACCGCGAUGAAUUUGGGAGGCUCCUUUCCGCAGCCAAUUAUAACACUUCUCACUAUAACAGUGACUUGUGGCAGAUAUUCGAAAAUCCCCUGGACUGGAAGGAGAAGUACAUCCAUCCCAACUACAUGAAAAUCUUCACAGAGAACUACUUGGAAGAGCCUUGUCCAGAUGUGUUCUGGUUUCCGGUCUUCACGGAAAAGGCCUGUGAUGAAAUUGUGGAGGAGAUGGAGAACCACGGUUCGUGGUCCGGUGGCAAACAUGAGGUCAGUCCCGUGUCAAUGUCGCAUCAGUGAACACAGUGCCCAAAACAAAGUCAGCACAUACCGACGCUAGCCUUUUCUUCAUUCGCGCAUUUGCUAGCAGCAUGCAAAAUAAGGCAAACUCAUUAUUGACCUCUGGCUAUUUUGUUUUUUAUCGCAUUUGGUGGAAGGGGCGUCGCAUGAGCUAAGGAACAGCCUAAAACAAUCUUUAUAUUGUCAAAACAGUCCAAAGGCUCUGGCCGAAGAAUAACCUUUAAAACAUCAUGGAAA